CCUCCUCCUCACUAUCUUUUCUUAAUUUGCUUCCCCUUCGUACAGCUCCAUCCAUCAUUUUCCGCUUCUCACUAUUUUCUCUACUGCAACUUCUGGUGUUUCAUAACUGUACUUGGUACCAGAAGUGACAACACACUAUUCUCUUUCCCUUAUGUUUACUUGAUUUGUGCCCUGUCACUGCUUGCUUUCCCAUUUCUGUAAUUCACCUCCUGCACUCUUCCUUGCUUCCCCCAAUGGCUACUCCUACUCGCCCAGCUUCCUCUUCUUCAAUUCCAUCUCUCCCGCCCCCAUAUCCCAAGUCGCCUCCUCAGUAUCCAGAUUUGUAUGGAAAGCGCCGACAAGCUGCCAAGGUUCAGAUGCUCGAGAGGGAGAUUGGUUUCCUCGAGGAAGAAUUGAAGUCUACCGAAGGCCUUCCACCUGCUUCUAGAUGCUGCAAAGAGGUAGCUGACCAUGUGAUCGCCAACUCAGAUCCCUUGAUACCAACAUACAAGAAGCAUCGCCGCAGAUGUCAAUUUUGGAAAUGGCUCUGUGGAUUCCCCUGUUGUAAAUUAUCCUGGAUUUGCUGUUGCUGUUAUGCUGGAUGCUCGAUCCAUCUUGAAAUCCCACCCUGCUGCAACUGUAAUAAUCCAUGUAAAUGCCUAUCGUGUGGCAGCUGUAAAUUACCCAAGUGGCAGUGUUGCAGCGGGUGUGGGCAGUGUGGGAAUUGUUUCACUUGUCCAACGCUACCCCGAUGCUCGUGCUGUUGUCCAACGCUACCCGGAUGCUCGUGCUGUUGUCCAACCGUCUCAUGCAGCCAAUGUUGUAGCGGUUGUUCAUUACCUUCCUGCUCCUGCCUUGAAUGCCCUUGCUGUGAAUGCAAAUGCAAAUGCAAAUGCUCAUUAGGAAAAUGUCCAAAAAUACAACCUUGUUGCUGUUUUGGUAGCAGCAGCAGAGGCUGUUGUGGGUGUGGGUGUACUGGAAAUUGCUGCUGUAAUCCAUGCCAUUUGUGUUGCUAGCCAGAGACCACUGCUCACUCCCUUAGUUUAUCUGUAUCUCUUUGGGAAGCUUCGAGCAGUUCAGUUAGGGAAUGUGAAGCAGUCCCGAGAAUGUAAAAACUAAGGUACAGUGUUCGCUGAGGAAGUUAGUGGGCGAGACAAAAAUGCUUAGCAACUGAGCUGUAACUGUAACUGCAACAACAGUGAGAAGAAGGAAGCAUCCUAAGCUCCUCGCCUGCACAAACUGGGAGAGGGUCAGCUCAGGUCCAUAAAAGCGUCAGUUUGAGAAGGAAGGGGCGGUCCCAUGCCACUGCCACUGCCACUGCAAUAUCAUAAUAAUCAAUUUUUUUUACCAAAACAGUAUUAGUUGAUUGUAGAGGCCGUUUCUGGAUGAAUGAAAUCAAUAAUAUUCAAGACU